AUGGCUGGAGACGUCACGCCGGCGCCCUUCGCCAUCACAGAUGAUGACAAACGCGGGCUCAUUGUCGUUACGGCAGGAUGCACGCUGGCGUUCGUCUGGGUGUGUUUUGCUAUCCGGAUUUUGUUGCGAUUGCAAGUCGGAGAAUGGAGGUCUGACGAUUAUUUCCUUGGAGCAGCAACGCUCCUGGAAACAAUCCAGACUGGCAUUGUAUUCCAUCUUGUCAAUCUGGGCUUGGGGGGUCCUCAACAAGACAUACCUUUGGAUCGACUCGCAGACAUUGGGAAGCAAGGUUUCGCCUCUCAGAUCUUCUACAUACUCACGCUAUGGACUACCAAAUUCUCCAUCUUGCUGCUAUAUAUGCGGCUGUCACCCAGCGGCACGCACCGGCUUGCAUCGUGGGCCAUGUUGGCGGCGUCCGCGGCGUGGGCACUUGUCUCGAUCGUACUCAUCGCGGUCCCGUGCAACCCUGCGCAGUUCUAUACCAGCAGAGCUGGAGAAUGCACUGAUAUGUGGCCGAAGUGGCAGGCUAUCACCGCACUCGACAUUGUCACCGAAGGCAUGAUCUUUCUCAUCGCUGUCCAACUGGUAUGGAAGCUCCACAUGCGAUGGAGAGCGAAACUGCUCGUCAUCUUCGCUUUCUCUGCGCGCCUGCCCGUUAUCAUGAUUGCGGCGAUUCGACUGUACUACUUCCACGACGCUAUCGCCGACACAAACGUUACGUACGCCAGCAGCUUCUACCUGGUAGCCAACCAAUGGCAAAUGAGCUACGCCAUCAUUUCGCUCACCAUCACCGGCAUGGGCCCUUUCUUGCGCCCUUUCAACAAGGACGUCAUGACGAGCUACGUAGCCAAACGGUACGCAAGGAAUGGCAACGUUAUCGAAUCACGGUCCGGAGGUUCCCAGCUGAGCUAUCAGAUGAGUCGACUGGACCACGAGAGUACACCAUCGCGUAUGGUAUUGGGACCAAAAAAUCGUUCUCAGAACGACUCCAAAGCGCCAUCGCCAGAGCCUGGUCAGAUCUCGCCCACCUCGCAAACAUCUAUCAUCAGGUCGGCAGAGCCGCCAACUUUUCGCCCACAGCACGAAGGUCUUCGACAUGACGCCGAAGUCUGGGUCGGGAAUCGCACCUCCAGCGUCAGAGACGCAGACGAUGUCUUCAGGCACCUGAACGACGAGACUCGACUCGUCAUAACGAAAAAAACGGAGAUGAAGGUCGAGUCGGACAACGCAAGACAACAAGUCCCGAGAUGA